AUGACUGUUGAUAACUACUUAAAGGCAAUCGCCACUCGUCGUACUACUUAUGCCUUGAAACCAGAAUUGCCUGCUGGUGUUUCUAUCAAUGAUAUUCAACGCGCGGUUCAAACUAUCAUCAAGGAAACUCCAACCAGUUUCAAUUCACAGGUUAAUCGUGCUAUCAUUUUGACUGGUGAGGCUCACAAAAGCGUUUGGGAUCAUGUCGUUAAGAACAUUCCUGGUGAAGCUGGUAAGAAAAGACCUCAAUCAGCUAGGGAUGAAGCCUAUGGCUCUAUUAUUUUCUUCACCGAUGAUGUGAUUACCGAAAAACUACAAGCGCAGUUCGCUGCCUUCGCAGCUGCAUUCCCACAAUUUGCUGACCACUCUUCUGGUGCUGCUCAGAUACACACAUGGACUGUCUUACACCAGCUGGGAUUAGGUUCUCAUUUGCAACAUUAUAAUGGAUAUGUUAAAGGUGCCCUCCCAAAGGAAAUCCCAGUCACUUGGAGUAUUCAUGCUCAACUAGUAUUCGGUGCUCCAGCCGCUGAGCCUGGCGAGAAAUCUUAUGCCGAAAAUCCUGUCAAGGUUUUUAGCUAA